GACUUUUCGGCGCCGGAAAUCCGGGACACGUGACCAGGUGACAGUCCUCGCUCGGUGGCGGGGCUCGCUCGAGGUGCUGCGGCACAGCACGGGAUGGCGGAGGCACCUCCGGUCUCAGGCACUUUUAAAUUCAGUACAGAUGCUGCUGAGUUCAUUCCUCAGGAGAGAAGAAAUUCUGGUCUGAACUGUGGGACCCAAAGAAGACUAGACUCUAGGAUUGGGAGAAGAAAUUACAGUUUCUCACCUCCCUGUCACCUUCCCAGGCAGAAUCCUUACGAUGACAUCUCUGCUAUUCAUCAGCACAAUUACGCCUCUGGAAGCAAACCCAAGAGUCACCAGGUGUUUUUCCAGUCUAAUAAAUCACUCAAGAACCAUGGCCUUCACAAUCAGCCAUGGCAGAAGUUGAGGAAUGAAAAACACCAAAGCAGAGUCAAGAAAGCACAAGGGCUCACUGACCAGACGUCAGAUGCGUCCAGUUUAGAAAGUGUGACCAGGUCAGAGAGUGGAACAGACCUUAGGGAGCAUAGCCCUUCUGAGAGUGAGAAAGAUGUGGUUAUUGCAGAUCCUAGGGGAGCAAAGCCCAAAAAGGCAGCACAGCUUACAUACAACUAUGGCAGAGGGCCAAAGGCCAAAGGGAAGCCCAAAUGCGAGCUGGGUAGUAGAAUGAGCCCAAAGUCUGAGGAUGAAAACACCAGACCUGUGGGGGCUUCCCAGACUGACUUUUCAGAUGGGUCCUGUAGAAAGGCUGUAGUGGAUAGCUGCAUGUCGAGGCGGAAUGAGCAGAGAAGAUACCCACAGAAAAGGCCUCCGUGGGAGGUGGAGGGUGCCAGACCACGACCAGGCAGGAACCCACCCAAACAGGAAAGUCAGCGACAUUUAAAUUCAGGGCCUAAAAACAACAUGCCCCCCAUUCCAAAGGAUAAUCUCAGAGAAAGACCAUCAAAGUCAGCCUGUGACACCGGGAAUUUGGCCGUUGUCAACAAGUCUUCCAGAAGGGUUGACCAAGAGAAGAAUGCAGGAAGGAGACAGGACCCUCAAGUGCUCUCUCCUUUCCCCAGAGGCAAACAGAGCCAUGUGCUGAAGAAUGUGGAAACACAUACAGGUUCCCUAAUUGAGCAGCUAACUACAGAAAAAUAUGAAUGUAUGGUGUGCUGUGAAUUGGUUCAAGUUACAGCCCCAGUGUGGAGCUGUCAGAGCUGUUUUCACGUCUUUCAUUUGAACUGCAUCAAGAAGUGGGCCCGGUCUCCAGCAUCUCAUGCAGAUGGCCAGAGUGGUUGGAGAUGCCCUGCUUGUCAGAAUGUUUCCGCACAUGUUCCUAAUGCUUAUACUUGUUUCUGUGGUAAAGUAAAGAAUCCUGAAUGGAGCAGAAAUGAAAUUCCACAUAGUUGUGGUGAGGUUUGUAGGAAGAAACAGCCUGGCCAGGACUGUCCACAUUCCUGUAACCUUCUCUGCCAUCCUGGACCCUGCCCGCCCUGCCCUGCUUUUACAACUAAAGCAUGUGAAUGUGGACGCACCAGGCACACAGUUCGCUGUGGUCAGGCUGUCUCAGUCCACUGUUCUAACGUGUGUGAAAAUAUUUUGAACUGUGGUCAACACCACUGUGCUGAGCUGUGCCAUGGGGGUCAGUGCCAGCCUUGCCGGAUCAUAUUAAACCAGAUGUGCUACUGUGGCAGCACCUCCCGAGAUGUGUUAUGUGGAACAGAAGUGGGGAAAUCUGAUGGAUUUGGGGACUUCAGCUGUUUAAAGAUAUGUGGCAAGGACUUGAAAUGUGGGAACCAUACCUGUUCUCAAGUGUGUCACCCUCAGCCUUGUCAGCCUUGCCCACGGCUCCCCCAUUUGGUGCGAUGUUGCCCUUGUGGCCAAACACCUCUCAGCCAGUUACUGGAACUUGGAAGUAAUGGUCGGAAAACAUGCAUGGAUCCUGUCCCUUCGUGUGGAAAAGUGUGUGGCAAACCCUUGUCCUGUGGUUCCUCAGAUUUCAUCCAUACCUGUGAGAAGCUCUGCCAUGAAGGAGACUGUGGGCCAUGCUCUCGCACGUCAGUCAUUUCCUGCAGAUGCUCUUUCAGGACAAAGUUGGCUAUAACAGAUGCUACAUUUAUGUGUGACAAGCGGUGUAACAAGAAACGAUUGUGUGGCCGGCAUAAGUGUAACGAGAUAUGCUGUGUGGACAAGGAGCACAAGUGUCCUUUGAUUUGUGGGAGGAAGCUCCGUUGUGGCCUUCAUCGGUGUGAAGAACCUUGUCAUCGAGGGAACUGUCAGACCUGCUGGCAAACCAGUUUUGAUGAAUUAACCUGCCACUGUGGCGCCUCUGUGAUCUACCCACCAGUCCCCUGUGGAACUAGGCCUCCCGAGUGUACUCAGACCUGUGCCAGAGUCCACGAAUGUGACCAUCCAGGUGAGUCCCACCGUGUUGCCACCCCUCACGGCCUACUCACAGCCUGUGGGUUAGCGUGUGGCUGUGUAGAGGACUCAGACCAUCUGGGGGUGAGUCCGCAGACAGUUGUUAAGUUCCAUAAUGUGAAGAAUGCAGAGUCCUCGGGGCUUAGAUCUGACAAAGUCAUUCAAGAUGAAAUAACACUAGAAAGGACAUUACGAAGCAACAUCCCCUGUCACCUGGUUGACAUCUCUUGCGGAUUACCCUGUAGUGCCAUGCUACCCUGCGGGAUGCACAAAUGUCAAAGACUCUGUCACAGAGGAGAAUGUCUUGUGGACGAGGCCUGCAAGCAGCCCUGUACCACCCCCAGAGCUAACUGUGGCCACCCAUGUAUGGCACCCUGCCACCCCAGUUCACCCUGCCCUGUGACAGCUUGUAAAGCCAAGGUAGAGUUACAGUGUGAAUGUGGGAGAAGAAGAGAAAUGGUGAUCUGCUCGGAAGCAUCCGGCACCUAUCACAGAAUAGCUGCUAUUUCUAUGGCCUCUAAAUUAAUGGACAUGCAGCUGGGAGAUUCAGUGGAGAUCAGCAAGUUCAUUACCAAGAAGGAAGUCCAGCAAGCCAGGUUGCAAUGUGACGAGGAGUGCUCUGCUCUGGAAAGGAGAAAGAGAUUGGCAGAGGCUUUUGACAUCAGUGACGAUUCUGAUCCUUUCAAUGUUCGUUCUUCAGCAUCCAAGUUCAGUGACAGUUUGAAAGAUGACGCCAGGAAAGACUUAAAGUUUGUCAGUGACGUUGAGAAGGAAAUGGAAGCGCUUGUGGAGGCUGUGGAUAAGGGAAAGAGCAAUAAGAAAAGCCACUGCUUCCCCCCCAUGAACAGAGACCACCGCCGCAUCAUCCAUGACCUGGCCCAAGUCUAUGGCCUGGAGAGCGUGAGCUACGACAGUGAACCAAAGCGCAAUGUCGUGGUCACUGCAGUCAGAGGGAAGUCCAUUUGUCCUCCCACCACGCUGACCAGUGUGCUUGAGAAGGAAACUCAGACGCGGCCUCCACCGCCAAUUGCUCAUCACCGACACCAGGCAGACAAGAAUCCUGGGAGCAGUAGUUUGCAGAAGAUAGCUAAGGAGCCAGUGAUCGACUACUUUGAUGUUCAGGACUGAGAAGACACACAUUUAGACGAAAGAGUGAUUCUGUGUAGUGGAGACUCGUUUGCCAGCAGAUUAAUCAUGCUCAUUCCUCCUGCGUGGCAGAGCCCCCUUGUCUACUCCUGCCCCAAGUAUCUCACUGUGGCCAGAUCUCUGGCUGUGUGGCCACUGGAUUUUUAGUCAUGUGGUCGAAGAGGCCCCUCACCCCAUCACUGUGACUACUAAGAGGGUUGGGGAGUAUCAUAUUUUAUUUGGAUAAACCAGAAUUGUUUUCCCAAGCUGACUUUGUGGCACCUAGCCCUAAUUCUGGCUUUUCCCAUUGUUCACCUGGUGGGUGUGGAAAGAUGUGUGAAGUGCUGACCCUUGGUAAACCAUUUCUGGAAUCAUAUGUCUCCUUGGUAAACCAUUUCUGGGAUCAUAUGUCUCCGCAGGCUGGGCAGGCUAUAGAAUUCCAUUUCUCGAGCCCCGGCGUCUCCCCCACAUCACCAAGCCUACCCAGGGGCAGUAACUGUCCCCCACAGUGGUAGGAACUGAGCAAGCUCUUCUGCCAUGUUCAGUGGGCCGAUAAACUACCCACCCACUGUAGCCCUGAGUCCUCUCUGAUCGAUAAAGAUGUUCACACA